UGAAAAGGACACAUGGGGAGAGAGAUUGCAGAAGAAGAUGGGUUGCCGACAGGCUCUCUGCUUCUGAAAGACGUCUCCGGCGAUGGCAACCCUGGCAGCUCCACGUCUUCAAGUGAUCCCUCGGUCACGCCUCUCGUCGUCUUUAGCACGCUCGUUGCCGUUUGCGGGUCUUUUGUCACUGGGUGCGCUUAUGGUUAUUCAUCACCCUCGGAGUCGGGCAUAAUGGAGGACCUGGGGCUCUCUACGGCGGCAUAUUCGCUUUUUGGUUCUAUAUUAACAAUAGGAGGGUUAAUAGCAUCAUUGAUUAAUGGGCAGAUGACAGAUAUGAUGGGUCGCAGACGUGCAAUGGGGAUUUCACAAAUAUUUUCCACUGCAGGAUGGCUUUCUAUAGCAUUGGCCAAGAAUGCUUGGUGGCUUGAUAUUGGAAGACUGUUAAAUGGAGUUGGCAUUGGGGUUUUAUGUUACGUGGUACCUGUGUACAUUGCCGAAAUAACACCCCAAAGUAUCCGGGGAGAAUUCACAGCUUUUAGUCAGUUUUCGUCAUGCUGUGGCUUUUCGUUGAUUUACUUUCUUGGAACUAUCGUUUCCUGGCGUAUCUUGGCCUUGAUAGGUUGUAUCCCCUGCGUACUUCAAAUUUUCGGUUUAUUCUUUAUCCCGGAGUCUCCUAGAUGGCUGGUAAAAGUCGGUCAAGAAAAGGAGUUUGAAGCCACAUUGCAGAGACUCCGUGGCAAAAGUGUAGACAUUUCCCGGGAAGCAACAGAUAUCAGAGACUAUACAGAAACCUUUGAACGGCAAUCCCAGUCUAGAAUUCUCGAUUUGUUUCAACGAAGAUACGCUCAUUCCCUCACAAUAGGAGUCGGAUUGAUGAUCCUUCAACAAUUUGGAGGGCCGAAUGCAUUUUCCUACUAUGCAAGCUCUAUAUUUGAAUCAGCUGACUUUUCAAGCAGCAUUGGUACCCGAAGCAUGGCUAUUGUCCAGAUCCCGGCAACUGCUCUCAGCGUAAUCUUGACAGAUAAGGCUGGAAGAAGACCUCUUUUAAUGGUUUCUUCAGCUGGAAUGACUUUGAGUUGCAUUGUUCUAGGAUUAUCAUCCUUCAUGCAGGACUUGCAGUAUUGGACGGAAGUCACUCCUAUUUUGGUAUAUGUAUGCAUUAUGGUGUAUUCUGUAGCUUACUCACUUGGCAUGGUGGUGUUACCGUGGGUCAUAAUGUCUGAGGUAUUCCCAGUAAAUGUUAAAGGGUCGGCUGGCAGCCUGGUGUCCUUCUCCAAUUGGUCCUGUUCUUGGAUCGUCAGCUACAGUUUUAACUUCAUGUUUGAAUGGAGCGCACCUGGAACCUUUUUGAUCUUUGUGUGCGUUUGCGGUUUAACUAUCUUAUUCACUGCGAAGCUAGUGCCGGAGACCAAGGGGCGAGCAUUGGAGGAAUUGCAAGCAUCACUUGCCCAUUUUCUGCAAUGAUUUGUACUUUGCUGAAAUCUGAGUUGGUAGGAUGAUUGUGUUGCCAACCACAAAAGGCAUUGAGUCAGGCUGGCGAGAGCCUUUUUGUGGGAAUGACCCUUUUGUGCCUGAUUGGGGCAAAAAUAGGGGUGACAAGCAAAGAGAGAUUUCCUUGCAAUUUGUUGAACCUUUUACACUGAUUGAUUUCACCGUGCUCUGGUCAACUUUGUUGGAUACGGGCAAAUUGCCAUACCAAUGAUGAUUGAUGCGCAAACAAUUAAGGCUUUAAAACUUUA